AUGAAGAGGAUGAUUAUUUUCUGCAUGCUUUUCUUCUGCUCCACUAUGAUGUUGACUGCAGCUUCACCCAGAACAGUAAAAUACAAACAGAUUCUAAAUAAAAUUGGAGUCUUAAAAAGACUGGUGAAAGAUAAGGAUGCUGAAUUGCUGCAUACACCAGAAAACUUUGUGGAGGGAUGCCUGUCCACAGCUGUGACCUGCUUCAAGAGUGGGACCCUGAAAUUACAACCAGCAAGCAACCAAGAUAAGGGGGCGUUCACCAAAGCCAUUAGAACCGUGCAGAACUUUACCUACAGAAACUCUGGAAAGAACUGUGAGUUGUAUGAGAAAACAUGUGAAUCUUAUGAGAAGAAAACCCCCAAAGAAUUUCUGAAGGGCUUUGAAAAUCUUAUGCAAAUGCUAUACAAGAACGAAUGUAGGACACACCAGAGCUGA